ACAGAAAAUACAGAGCGAAGCUCAAGCAGCCAUCCUUACUGGUGAUCUCAAUUCGGCUGUUUUAAAAAAAAUUGGGGAAUUAAUAUGAAAACUGUGAAGGGUCUACAUGAAGAGGAAGAUGAUGAGGAAUUCGGUUAUAAGAAAGAUGCUUCGAAUUCAAAUAGUAUUAGUAUUCCAAGAGAUGGAAAGAAUUGUGAUAAGGCCAAUGCAAUACGGUCUAAACAUUCUGUAACGGAGCAACGUAGGAGGAUUAAGAUCAACGAGAGAUUUCAGAUAUUGAGAGAUCUGGUACCUAACACGGAUCAAAAGCGAGAUACUGCAUCAUUUCUGUUGGAGGUGAUUCAGUAUGUACAGUAUUUACAGGAGAAAGUACAAAAGUAUGAAGGACCAUAUCAAGCUUGGGGUUCUGAGCCAACAAAACUAAUGCCUUGGAAUUUUGCUGGUUCCCCCCCACAGGCUGUGAAGAACAGUCCGGCAUAUGCUGGGAGGUUUGACGAGAAUCAUGGCGCAGUCCCUUCAACAGCUAUGCAACCAACUAUUCAGCAGAAUCGAGUUGAAUCUUCUCCUGCCUUCAAUGCAAGAGAACGUAAUGUGAUCGCUACUAAGUUAGUUUCAGCUCCCAUUAAUCUGCCACCCUCUGAUGCCCAUUCAAGUGAAUGCCCAAACAAUUUAGAUGCUCAUAGUCAAGAUGAGGAGCUGCCAGCUAUAGAGGGUGGCACAAUUAGUUUUUCAAGUGUUUACUCCAAUGGAUUGCUGAAUUCUUUGGGACAAGCAUUGCAAAGUACUGGUGUAGACCUUUCACAUGCCACCAUCUCGGUGCAGAUAAAUCUUGGAAAACGGGCAAAUAGAGGAUUAAACUCAUCAGUAAUGGUUUCUAAGGAUAGUAGUGAGAAACCCGCACCCUUUGCGAACCAAGUAGUCGGAUUUUUUCAGGACACGAACACGGGCGAUGAUUUUGAUCAAGCUCAUAAAAGGCUAAGGAUUUAGGUACACCCCGCAGCCGGUUGUGCAUAUGGUUGUUGUUGUUCAUGUCCAUUGUUGUCAUGUCUUUUAACUCAUUUUGUGUUUGCUCCCCAUUAUUGUUUUUUUAUGUGGGGGAGAAGCUCAUAUGCCUUGUUUGGCAACAAUAUUUAACUUGAAAACGCCAAAGCUAAACGUUGAAUUGUUGCCAAACGGGCAGAUUGUGCUCGUGUUCAUUAAGUACAAACCUUAGUUCUCUCAAGUAUAACCGAAUCACCAACUCUUCGAGUCAAGAAAAGUGUAUUAUUCAUAAUACCGCCGUGCGUUUUGGGAUUUGCCCAAAACGUAACAGAGUUGGAAUUAU